AUGGUCGCGGCGUUCCACGGCGCGAGCGCUGCUGCCGCGGGCUGGUCGAACGAGCGCUUCGAGCUCACGGACACGGGCGAAGUGCGCAACCGCGUGACGCGCGCGCGCAUCUCCAAGCACGAGAUCCGCGCGCACGGCGAAGAAGUGCUGCGCGGCCUCAUUGCUACGGUGCACACGCGCAUGCUGCAGGAGCUGCUGUUCCUCGAGCAGGCGAUCCCACCGCUCGAGUUUGAGCGCUCGUCGGUGGACUCGCGGUUUGAGCCGGGGGCGAGCACGAGGAGGGGCGCGAGUCGCAGCAGUGUGGCGACCAACGGCAGCAGCGGCAGUGGCUGUGGCCGCCGCGUGAGCGUGAGUAGCUCUUCGGUGCGCUCGAGCUCGUCGAGCAUCUGCUCGACGAACGACGGCUUCCGGAUGAUGAUUGACACGGACGAGCCGCGGUGCAUCUUCCACACGAGCACGAACUUUAGUGUUGCGGAGAAGCUGCUCGUCUACGUCUGUUCGUUUCGCGGCUUGAGCUGCGGGAUCUGGAGCCGCAGUGUCUUGCUGAAAGACGGGGUUCAGGUCGGCUCGAUGCUGCCGUACUUCCAGAAAGCAAGCGCGGCGGGCUACGGCAUCUUGGUCAUGAACCCCAACAUGAACACGCAGUUGAUGGUGACGUCGGACGGCACGGUCGAGAAAAUGCCCAUUCGCGGCUCGAGUAAUGCCGAAGAGCACUGCGACCACGUGUGGCGCAACUACAUUUUCCCGUCGGCCGCGCACAAAGUGCACUUUAUUGCGUAUGGAUACGGCGGCGUGUUGGUGACGCAGCUCAUUGCAAAGUACCGGUACGAACUCAAGAGCCGUUUGGGGAACGUCGCGUUCAUUGAGAGCUCGCACAAGAUUGAUCCGUCGUGGAACUCGGGGUUCAAGCGCUUUUUCUCGCAGCACAGUAUAUCAUGGUCCCGGUCGGACCUUCCUCUUAAUACCGAACUCAGUCGCGAUGCGACAGCGUUUGCUCCAGGCGGAGGUCCGAGUGGCACAGGAACGGUGACAAGCAGUGACGAUGGUCUUUUGGCGAAUGCGUUGUCACAGUCGUCACGCACUCCCACAAGUCCCAGUGCGAAGCAGCUGACAGGUUUUGGCUGUAUUUGCUUAUCCGCAGGGCCUUGUGAAGGCGCGAACGAAAGUCCAGCUUACACGACGAAAGCCGUACUAGAGACAGUGUUUGCUUUCUUGGCGUCGCCCACACCUUACGAGUUCCAGCGUCGUGCUGCACGCGAACUCCGUUUGAACACAUUGCUGGAGGAUCAGCAGCAACUGAAACCUCAAGCUCAAGGUGGAAAAGAUGGAUAUGGUGAGCGCGAGGAGCAAGGGGCGGACAGGAAGCAGCUCCCGCGGGAUCAAUCUCCACUACCGCGGAAGCAGACAGUGUACGAUACGGUGCUUGGUGGUGCGGCUGGAGGUGCUUCGCAAGAGCUAAAACCGCGUGAGUACGACACGUUGACGAUUGACGAUUUUGAUUUGCUGCGCGUGGUUGGUCGCGGCGCCUUUGGUAAGGUAAUGCUGGUCCGAAGAAAGGCGCAACAACAACAGAAAGGAGCACGGUUACUAAGCCCUCGCACAAUGGUGGCGAUGGGCAUGACGCCACAACAGAUUGCAUUCGCUACUGGCGGCGAGAGUGGCAAGGUGUACGCUAUGAAGGUGAUUAAGAAGGCCGCUGUGUUUGCAAAGAACCAAGUGGAGCACACGAAGACGGAACGGCGUAUCUUGCAGGGCGUGGACCACCCGUUUAUGGUGAAGCUGCGGUAUGCAUUCCAGAACGAAGCAAAGCUGUAUUUCGUAAUGGACUUUUACAACGGCGGCACUCUGCACUUCCACCUGCGUCGUGCAAUGCACUUCGAUGAGGUUCGCACUCGCUUUUACUCAGCGCAGCUCGUAUUAGCAGUUUCGCACCUGCACACGUACAACAUCGUGUACCGCGAUCUCAAGCCCGAGAACAUCUUGCUGGACGAUCAGGGAUUUAUCGCACUGACCGAUUUUGGUUUGUCGCACGAUAACUUUGACAGUAAAGAUGGCAUGCAGACCUUCUGCGGCACGCCCGAGUACAUCGCCCCCGAGCUCAUUCGCCGCGUUUCGUACGGCAAGGCGGUCGAUUAUUGGUCUCUGGGCGUCCUGAUAUUCGAGAUGCUUGCGGGUUACACGCCAUUCUACCACGCAAAUCGUAAGCGCAACUUCCAGAACAUUGUGAAGCUUCCACUUCGGUUCCCGUCCGAGUUUUCCGAGGAUGCUCGUUCACUACUGCGCGGUUUGAUUUGUCGCAACCCAGCAAAGCGACUUGGCUCGGGGCCGUGCGGUGCUCAAGAGAUUAUGGACCAUCCGUUCUUUGCUGACGUCGAUUGGGAAAAGCUGUAUAAGCGUGACGUGCCUGUACCAUUCCGGCCUGUAGUCAAAUGUGACGGUGAAGUGAGCAACGUGCCGGAAUUUUUCAAGCGACAAGAAGUCGUGGACUCGGUAGUCUCAGAUGCACCUAUCGGCAAGAGCCACGUGUUUCAAGGGUUCUCCUAUACGGACCCGUGCAACAUGUAG